CCUUUUCCCCCAUUUUCAUAAAGCUCUUGAUUGGGAAAAAACGCUAAAGUAGCAUAUGAUCGGUUGAUGCUGAAUUUGUCGUAUCGGGAAAUUCUCAUUGAAUUGAGUUAGAUCCUCCUUCGAUCGCUCCUAUGAAUUCCGAUUCCUCCCGAGCCCCUUUGAUUCCUUCUCCUCCUCCACAGAAUCCAAAAGCCAAGCACAGAGACUUCUUUACCCAUCUCGAAGCUUACCUUGCUAAGAGAGAUGGCGUUGACAAGCUACUCAAAAUUUCCAGAUACGCUUCCAAGGUUAUCCUCGCCUCCUCCGUUAUUCAGGGUAAUCCAUCCCUAUCUCUACGUCUCAAGAGCUUCGACUCCAGUGUUGGGGUUAGUCGAAAAGCCUUCAGGAUUGGUAAGUUUGUUCAGGACCUGAACGCUUUGAGAAAUGCUCAUUCUGAUUCCAAACAGGAUUGGGUUCUCUCUAUAAUUGCCUAUGGUGGUGAAGGCUUGUACUACUUCGUUGAACAGUUCAUUUGGCUGGCGAAAUCAGGUCUAAUCGACAGUAAACAUUCACGUAAUUUGCAGAAAAUCAGUGCUUGGGCUGAGUUUAUUGGAUACUUCGGUAGUAUUGCUUUGAAGCUGAGGGAGUUGAGAAAUAUUUGUGAUGACGAGGAAUGCUUGAAAUCGAGUAUUGAAUCUGCGACGGGUUCAGGGUGUAAAGAAGAUGAGGCGAAGUUAAACAGAUUAAGGGAAAAGAAGUUGUUGAAGAAGCUCUCUUUAAUUCAAGAUGUGGCUGAUGGUUUUAUGGCAUUGGAUGAUAUAUUGGAUGGGAGAGGACCAUUAUCUAGGCCAUUAUUUGUGUCUUCAGCGGGACUGCUGUCGGCACUCAUUAGCACUCACAAGAAUUGGGUUUCUUGCUAAAAUUAGUGGACACUUCUCCAAGGAUUGAAUUGUCCUGUAACCAGGGCCUUAGUAGUUCUAAUAAGCUUUUCACUUGAAAAUGUCAGCUGAAUGUAUGAUUUUCACUAUAAGUAAAAGUGCUGUGGUUCUUUGUCCUUACAUUUAUUUCUGACCAAUCAAAUUGGCAAAUGUAUUGAUGGGCUUCCAUUCUUCAAAAGGGUUUCUUUUUGAAAACCAUAUUGCUCUCACAAUUCAUAUAUACUAACUUUACUA